CGUACGGACCGGUCCGGCAGGUUUGCGCGGGACACAGCAGGUGAGGCAGCGGGGGGGAAGAAGGGCGGGGGAGCCGCCGGAGCUCUUUACAAGCAGGAAGAAGGAAAACAUGGUGCGGUGACAAUACUCCCGGACACCAAGCGAGAAUUAGGAUUCAUCUUUUUAUACCAAGGACAUCGGAGAAACCUGAGCUGCUAAGAUGAAUCGGGAGCGCGUAGACUCCCAGGGCUCCAUGAGGCCUGACGAUGAGGUCAUGCCAUACAGUGACGACGAGACGGAUGACGAAUUAGCAAUCAGCUCUGAAGGAGAAGCAGAACAACAGCCAGGAGCUCUGCAACCUCCAACAGACCUUAGACUAAGCGAGCUUGGUUGGAAGGUGAAAGCCAACGAUCGACCUUACCACCACCUGCCAGAGUUUCAGAAGAAAGUCUUCCUAUGCAUCAAGAAGAGCAGAUACUCUGGAAACGCCAUCAAGACCUACAAGUACAACGUCCUCACCUUCAUCCCCCUGAACCUGUACGAGCAGUUUAAGAGAGUAGCCAACCUCUACUUCCUGGCUCUGCUCAUCUUACAGAUUAUCCCAGACAUCUCCACUCUGCCCUGGUACACCACGCUGAUCCCUCUGGUUGUGGUGCUGGGAAUCACUGCCAUUAAAGACCUGGUGGACGAUCUGGCGCGACACAGGAUGGACAAGGAAAUCAACAACAGGAAGUCUGAGGUCCUGUUGGACGGCAGGUUUCAAGAGUCGAAGUGGAUGAACAUUCAGGUCGGAGAUGUGGUUCGUCUGAAGAAAAACGACUUCAUUCCGGCCGACAUCCUGCUGUUAUCCAGCUCCAACCCAAACAGCCUGUGUUACGUAGAGACAGCUGAACUUGACGGAGAGACAAACCUGAAGUUUAAGAUGGGACUAAGAGUGACGGAUGAGAAACUUCAGGAAGAGCGAAAGCUAGCUGAGUUUGAUGCUCUGAUUGAGUGCGAGGAGCCAAACAAUCGUCUGGACAAGUUCAUAGGGACGAUGCUGUGGGACAGGAAGCGCUACCCUCUGGACCUGGACAACAUGCUGCUCCGAGGCUGCAAGAUCAGAAACACCGACGUGUGUCACGGCCUGGUCAUCUUCGCAGGUGCUGACACCAAGAUCAUGAGGAAUGGCGGGAAGACGAGGUUCAAGCGAACCAAAAUCGAUGAGCUGAUGAACUACAUGGUUUACACAAUCUUCGUGCUGCUGAUCCUGGUGGCGGCGGGUCUGGCCAUCGGUCACACCUUCUGGUACGAGGAUAUCGGCUCUAAGGCCUGGUAUUUGUUCGACGGCAAAAACCAGGACGCGUCUCACAGAGGCUUCCUCAGCUUCUGGGGAUACAUCAUCGUCCUCAACACCAUGGUGCCCAUUUCACUUUACGUCAGUGUGGAGGUGAUCCGUCUGGGCCAGAGUAAGUUCAUCAACUGGGACCUGCAGAUGUAUUUCGCAGAGAAAGACACUCCAGCCAAGGCUCGGACCACCACCCUGAACGAGCAGCUCGGUCAGAUCGAGUACGUCUUCUCCGACAAGACGGGAACUCUGACGCAGAACGUCAUGCAGUUCAAGAAGUGCACCAUUGCUGGACGUAGUUAUGGUUCCCCCACCACUGCUGAGGGAGUGGCGCUGGACCGAGGAAGGCCGGUGGACUGGAGCUGGAACCCCCAGGCUGACAGGAAGUUCCAGUUCAUGGAUCAUUCCCUGGUCGCCUGCGUCCGAUCCAGGAAGGACAAAGAUGCUACGGAGUUCUUCAAACUGCUCUCCCUCUGCCACACCGUCAUGGUCGAGCACAAAGACGGUGAUCUGGUGUACCAGGCGGCGUCUCCUGACGAAGGCGCCCUGGUGACGGCAGCCAGGAACUUCGGGUACGUGUUCCUGUCUCGUACCCAGGACACCAUCACCAUCAAGGAGAUGGAGCAGGAGACAACGUAUGAAAUGCUGGCGUUGCUCGACUUUAACUCCGACCGCAAGCGCAUGUCUAUCAUCUUGAAGUUUCCUGAUGGGCGUAUUCGUCUCUACUGUAAAGGAGCAGACACGGUCAUCUAUGAGCGACUCUCCCCCAACUCCAGACACAAGGAGACUACCCAGACUGCUCUGGAUAUCUUUGCCAACGAGACCUUGCGGACGCUGUGCUUGUGUUACAAAGACAUCAGCAGAGAGGAGUAUGAGGCCUGGUCCAGGAAACACGAAGAAGCCCAGGUGUCCAUGUCCGACCGAGACGCCGCCCUCGACCGUGUAUAUGAGCAAAUUGAGAACAACCUUAUGCUGAUUGGGGCGACAGCCAUCGAGGACAAACUGCAGGACGGAGUGCCGGAGACCAUCGCCAAACUGGCCAAGGCUGACAUCAAGAUCUGGGUCCUGACUGGAGAUAAGAAAGAAACGGCGGAAAACAUCGGAUAUUCCUGUUCGCUCCUGACUGACGACAUGCAGCUCCACUACGGAGAAGACGUCAAUGAGCAGCUGAGGAUUCGUCAGGCCAACAGGAGGAACGAGCCCGCAGCCUUCGGUCGACGCAAACAGAAACCUGCAGAUCCUUUCUUCAGGCAGCCGGGCAAAAACGCUCUCGUCAUCACUGGAGGAUGGCUGAACGAGAUUCUGUAUGAAAAGAAGAAGAAACGGCGUCGUCUGCGUCUGCGUCGUCUAGGAAAGCGAGCACCCCCAAGCAACCCGCAGGACGGACAGCCGAUGAACGACUGGGAGAAAGAGAUGAGACAGAUUGACUUUGUGGACAUGGCCUGUGAGUGUGAGGCGGUCAUCUGCUGUCGUGUCACACCGAAGCAGAAAGCCAACGUGGUGAGUCUGGUGAAGAAGUACAAGAAAGCCGUGACGUUGUCCAUUGGAGACGGAGCCAACGACGUGAACAUGAUCAAAACUGCAGACAUCGGUGUAGGCAUCAGUGGUCAGGAGGGGAUGCAGGCCGUCAUGUCCAGCGACUACGCCUUCGCUCAGUUCCGUUACCUGCAGCGCCUCCUGCUGGUGCACGGGCGCUGGUCCUACAUCCGGAUGUGCAAGUUCCUGCGUUUCUUCUUCUACAAGAACUUUGCCUUCACCCUGGUCCACUUCUGGUACUCCUUCUUCAGCGGAUACUCCUCACAGGUCGCCUAUGAAGACUGGUUCAUCACUCUGUACAACCUCUGUUACAGCAGCUUACCUGUUCUACUGGUUGGACUUCUGGACCAGGAUGUGAACGACAAACUCAGCCUGAAGUUCCCUAAGCUCUACCUGCCCGGUCAGCAAGGGUCACUGUUCAACUACAAGAACUUCUUCAUCAGCUUGUUCCACGGCAUCUUCGUCUCACUCACCAUCUUCUUCAUCCCCUACGGAGCCUUCCUGCAAACCAUGGGGCAGGACGGAGAAGCCCCGUCCGACUACCAGUCCUUUGCCGUUGUCAUGUCCUCGUCGCUGAUUUUUACCGUCAACCUGCAGAUCUCUCUGGAUACCUCCUACUGGACCUUCGUCAACUGCUUUGCGGUUCUGGGCAGCAUAGCCAUUUACUUCGGCAUCAUGUUCGACAUCCACAGCGCCGGGAUUCACGUCAUCUUCCCCUCAGUGUUCACCUUCACUGGUGUAGCAUCAAAUGCUCUGCGUCAGCCGUACCUGUGGUUAACCAUCAUCCUGACUGUCGCCAUCAGCCUGCUGCCCGUCAUCUGCAUCCAGUUCCUCCAUAAAACCAUCUGUCCCUCUGUAGGAGACAAGGUCCAGAGAAACAGGAAGAAGUAUGAGAUGGAGAUGGAGGAGGAGGAGAAGAAGAAAAAGCCGUCAGCCUUCCAGCGUGGCCAGCGUUCCCGCCGUUCCGCCUACGCCUUCUCUCACUCCCGCGGCUACGCCGACCUCAUCUCAUCUGGGCGGAGCAUUCGGCGGCGCCCGCCGACCCGCGCUGGUCCCCAUGACAGCAUCAGGGAGGUUCCCCAGAGAGAGGCCGAAAACAUCUAAACAGCAGGAGACGGAGUAAAACUGUUGCCAGAGGGGUUGUAAAUAUUUAGGAAAGUGCAAGGAACACUUGGUUUAUCUUCAUUGUUAUCUGGAGUCGCCACGGAGAUGGUCGACAUCAGGAGCUCUGCACGGAAGUGUCAGCUGGUCGGACUUUAACUUGACCUUUCCCUUUGGGGGAUUCGACUGCUUUAGGAGAGGAAAUGCUCCUGAAGUUGCUCAGCUUUUAGAAAGAAAACGAGGAGCUGAUUUCCCACCGGUGUGUUUAACCUGAUUUGCAGAAAGUCGAAUGUCUGCGACCUUGACUCCACUGCCUCCAGUUCCUCCUCUAUGCACAGACACUCGCAAUAGAAAGAAAAGAAAAGAAAAAAAUAAAAAAAUAAAGCUCACCGAAGAGACGACCGCCGUUACCGGGGUUUGAAGUCACGCAGAUACUGUGUGACUGACAAUGUUGUUUAACUCAGGAUUUUUAAUAUCAGAGCCUUAUUUUAUAGUCAGUGUGUCCCUGCUCACCACCACUGUGAUGGACAGGCAGAGGUCAUGUGGUUUAAUAUGAUACCUUUUUGACCUUCACAGUUUUAGCCCGAGGAUUUGAUAUGAUGGUGUUUUAUUAAAAUUAAAAAAAAAAAAAAAAAAAACCCAAACGUUUUCCUUCACCUUAAAACCAGCGGGCUAAAUCUAUACAUGUCAAGGUAUCUUCUUUUAAUCUUUUAUUAUAAAUAAUGGGGGGAUGUUAUUAUGCUAGGCUAUGCAAGGUUGUCAGAUGUUAUAAAGUGUGUCUUAAUUUAAAAUUAAGUUGUGAAUAGUGAUCUUUUCUCCUCAAGUGUCCUUACAGCUAAUAUUAUUUCUAUACCACACAUUUUAUGUUUUUUUUCUUUUCUUUCUUUACUCCUUUCUUUUUUUCUAGUUUGUCGUCCAACAUCAGCGCCUCACUGUCUUUUUAAUGUGCAGAAUGUAAAUUUAAGAGCUCCUCACUCAAAGGACGGAGGUUCAUCAUCUGAUUUAGUCGUUUUCUUAACUCUUUGAAAGUAAAAUGAGUUUCUUUACUAAUUAAAAAAGUAGGAGUUUAUUUUUGAGUGUGUGUGUGUGUGUGUGUGUGUGUGUGUGUGUGUGUCGCAGGUUGUUUACAAUGAACCCGAAGAAGACAUUUGUGUUUUUGUGUCAUAUAAUCUGAUUUUAGGAUAUCUUCUGAACAGCGCGAAGCCAAAACUCUCAUAUACCUGUUCUGACUGUUACUGUAUUCCCUUCAUGCUAGUGUUAAUGUAUACAGAUCAUGUCUUUUUACUACUGAGUGAAUGGUGGCAGCAGGGCGUGAUUGCUGUUGACUGCACCAGCGGCAGUUUGCUCUCUUGUCAUAUGAUGGUAUUUUAUCAUGUGGUUGUUAAUAAAAGCCAA